CGUGACCCCACAAACUUAUACCAGCCAAGACAACCAUGGCAAUGUUGCGAUCUUUGAGUAAUUUGGCAAAAUUUACAGCCAGAAAUGGAGUCUUUAAACCAACCUGCUUCCAAGGGUCAAGAUUAUGUUCCGCAGCUGCUGCAGAAGAUGACACGGGUACCACAUUCAACAGCGACAGGCCUCUGAUUGGUCAGGCUGAGACCAUGAUGGACAUUGGGACCAGGCCUAUCUUCAGUGAGGAACAUGACAUGUUCAGGACCAGUGUCAGGAGAUUCUUUCAAGAGGAAGUAGCCCCAAACCAGGACAGGUAUGAGAAACAGAGGAUGGUUGAUAAGGAGCUGUGGGAAGCUAUGGGAUCAGCUGGACUGCUUGGUGUAGAUAUCCCUGAGUCACAGGGAGGAAUUGGAGGAGAUCUGCUCAUGACUUCUAUUGUCUGGGAGGAACAGGCCUAUGUGAAUUCAGCUGGGACAGCCUUUCCUAUGCACAGUGACAUUGUGAUGCCCUACAUCAGUCACUAUGGUACCCCAGAACAGAUUGAGAAGUUCAUACCAGCCAUGACAGCUGGAACCAAAGUGGGUGCCUUGGCAAUGACAGAACCCGCAGCUGGAAGUGAUCUACAGGGCAUCAAGACCUCAGCCAAGAAAGAUGGGGAUGACUACAUCCUUAAUGGAAGCAAGGUAUUCAUCACCAAUGGUUGCCUGUCUGAUGUGGUGGUGGUUGUAGCCAUCACAGAUCUGAACGCGAAGAAGAAAGCUCAUGGCAUCAGUCUUUUCUUGGUAGAAGCCGGUAUGCCAGGGUUUACCAAGGGGAAGCCACUGGAGAAGGUCGGACAGAAGUCUGUGGAUACCUGUGAGCUGUUCUUUGAAGAUGUACGCCUCCCAGCCAGUGCGUUGCUGGGUAAGGAGAACCAAGGCUUCUACAUGUUGAUGAACCAGCUUCCUAGAGAGAGGCUUAUCAUUGGAGUAGGAUGCCAGGCCCAUACUGAGUUCAUGUUUGAAGAAACAAGGAACUAUGUCAGGCAGCGUAAGGCAUUUGGCAAGACUCUGGGAAACAUCCAGACAAUCCAACACAAGCUAGCCGAGCUGAAGACUUUGAUCUGCAUCGGAAGAAGCUUCCAGGAUGACUGCCUUAGACUGGAAUCGGAAGGCAAAUUGGACACAUACACUGCAUCAAUGUCAAAGUACUGGGGCUCUGAUGUCAUCAACAAGGUAGCAACGGAAUGCCUUCAGCUCCACGGUGGAUGGGGUUACAUGUGGGAGUAUCCCAUCGCUAGGGCUUUCUGUGAUGCUCGAGUGGGUGCCAUCUAUGGUGGUAGCAAUGAGAUCAUGAAGGAACUUAUCUACAGACCCAUCGUAGCCUCUAACUAAAAUGAGUGGCGUGCACCUUGCAAGAUGUGCCCCAUAGUCUUUCCUGUCUUAGGUUAAUAAUGUAUAGGGAAUCAUUAACUGAUAUGCUACUUUUAUGAAAGAAAAUAAUGAAUUAAACAAAUCUUCUAAAUGUAAAUUGGGUAACUAAAAUCAGUUGUAUCAUUCAAUGUGAUAACAUCUAAAAAAAUAUUGAAUAUUCAACUCUAUCUAACAAACAAUAUAUCUAGAUGAAACAAUAUGUAAAUAAUAUGUCCAAAACUUGCUUAAGGCAUAUUAGCCAAGUGAUUUAUUAAUGUUGCUCAAAUUAUUCACGCUCUCCAAGUCUUGGACUUUUAGCUAUAUCAAGCCAGUAUGUGAAAUCUUAACAGGUUUGUAAGAAGUCAUGUACAUAGGUUUUCUAUGAUCUUAAUUUGAAUUUGAAAGUGAAUUUGGUAGGCACCAUAUUUGGAAUAAACAACAAUGAGUGGUUUUGAGUAUCAAAGGAUAGUAGAAGCUUCUUUAUUCAUUUCUUCACAAUGGGUUAUAACAUCUUGUAUCAGGGUUUUUAGUGCAAUGAGUGUUUCAACGUGACCAAAGAUAUAAAUGACACUCAUUUGAUGUGACAGAAUUGUUCUAGUUUGGUCUUUUUUCUCUCUUUUUUUUUUUUUUACGCUGGUGUUUUUUAUGCUGUUAGUUUGUUUGUAUCAGGGUUUCUUUCUUCUAUUUUUGCAGCUUGUAGCUAGCCAUCAUAUUGCUUUGUUACACAAUGAUUAAUUAUUAAUACUAAAACUCUCAGUGCUUGCUCUAUAAGGUAAUUGUAGUAUAAAUUACAUUGAACAAACAUUAUCUUGGGAUUUACCUUAAAGUAUGGUAACAUAGCAACAGUCCUCUCUCCACCAUGCGGGAGGGUUCUUGAGAGUAUGUUUCAAGUGAUUUACGUUCAUAUCAUUUAGAUUCUUCUUUUGUUUCCUUUUAUUGUAACAUGUCAGUUGUCGAUGAUGAAUUGUAUCACAAUCCUGACAUAUUAACAAGACAUUUAAACUUACGAUUUGGACUAUUGACACUCUUAUUUAAGGUGCCAUUCAUCUUCAAUUCUGUUGAUUCUGUCGAUGGGACUGAGAAAAACGUAAUUAACCAAACGCUAUUAAAUCACAUGUGGUAGAAAUAAUUGUUUUCUUCUAGUAUUCUAACAAUUCCUUAUCCUGAAAAUAUAUAUAUUUAUGCUUCACUUUCUCUUCAUUCUACAUGCUUUUUAGUUGUUUUUGUUUUAAAUUUGUAGGGCAGUGCUUGGUAUUAGCAUUGACUUGUUAACACUUCUUAUGUUUUGUAUUCAUUUAAGUUAAUGAAUUUCUUUAUCUGGGUGUCAAUCUGGCCAUUGACCAUGCCUGUGUGUAUUCAGCAUCAUCUUCCAUGCAUAAAGAUAAAAUCAAGUUCUUUUCAUGCGAUUGUAUUUUGAAAGAAACUAUGUGGAAUCAAUUGGAAAAGGUUGAUCCUGUAGCAUUCAAGUAUUAGUGUAUACUGUGAGGAAUUGGGAUCAUCAAAAUGAUAAGAAACUGGCCAAGUCCACUUGCUCUGGACACAGAAAUGUGCACAUGGGACUACGCAAACAUGUGGCAUGAAUAUGAGGGCAUGAAUAUGAGGGCACUUGAGGUGCAUUCCUUUUCAGGGGGCAAUUUGCCACGAUAUUCUUCCACAGUAACAUAACAAGAACGAAACGAGCUACAAAAUUAUUGAUUUUGAAUGUGUAAAGAGAUGUCAGUGCAGUCUGUAUUACAGAUGGAUGGAAGUUCAACUUUCUCUCCAGUUUUCCAUGUAAAUCUUGAAGGGCAGUAGCUAUACAAUGUAUAUUAUCCUUACCUCAUAUGGCCAUUCUUGAACAGAGUUGUUUGAAAGACAUGGUAUAUUAGAAGUUAUUCUUGUAAAACAAUAUUUUGUGAAAAUAAUAUAUAUUUGUUGAUGACCUAUACUUGCUGUGAGCUUAUGGGGAUAUUUUUUUAGUGCCAGAAUAUAAUUUCAUGUUGAAUAUUAACAAAUAAUUUUUAAUUUACUAUUUAGGGCUUGUGAUGUGCAAAGUAAUACUUCAAGUACUUGGAAUACUGCCUUGACCAGUGAACAAGUACCUGUAUAGCACCUCACAUCUAAUGUUAUUUAUGCAUUGUAUCUGUUUUCAUCUUGUAAUGUUUCAAUAGAAUGCAAUUGUCUAGCAUAGAAAUUAACCACCGAUAUACAAGUAUACAUGUAGUUUGUAUAUCACAGGGUAUUUUGAUUAUUUUGUAAAUGAUUAUAUUUGAUAUGCUAAUACAGGAAGGCAUUAUAUGUACGAUUUGAUGUAUGAAUUCAAUAAAUACAUGAUGAAUGUA